GUGAAACAGGAAAGAAAAGUGGGGUCGAUCUAAGCGUCGAUUGGUUCGUCCAUGUUACGUGUUGGAACUCUUUCCCUGAAUUGUGUCGCACAUUUGUGUCAUUUUGUGCACGAAUACCAUUCGGGAUACACACACGAACUCCUUUGUUUGUAUCUUUCAACAAUUUUUAGGGUUUUUGCAAUUAGAAUCGCACAAAAAGUAUUAGCGAAUCACGUUUUUUAUUGGUGCAGCACUGGUGAAUACCAAGAGAAACUUGUUCCGUUGAACAGUGAUUAUUAGCAGUCGUUCGAACGAUACCUUUCCUCCUUUCAGUUCGUUCGUUUCAUUUUUUUCUCUUGCGUUUGAUUUACGUGAACAAUUAUAAUAAUAAUAGAAGAAAAAUUGAAAAUAAUUGAGAGCGGAAUAAGGUUUUAUACGUGGCAGAAAAGAGCAACGGAUUGGUCACGGCUAUUCUAACCUCGAACCCGACGCGCAUACACCAGAAGAAACUGUUCAGAAGAAGCGUCGAAAAGGGAAGCCUAAAAAGCAAGUGGACGCCCGAAACCGCUUACCAGAGCUACGUUGAAAACUACUCGAAAGUAAAAGCAGGAGAACCUUCGGUUCGCGCAACAAUUAUCUACGGCAGCAGUUUUGCAAAGUACAGCUGUUAAAAUGGGUCUAGGAAACAAGAUGUCCGAAGAGAACCCAGAGAUGCGGGAAAUGGCAGCGCGCAUAUGUCGAGACUACCUUCACGGGGUAUGGAAGCACGUUACCGCGGAGAACAUUACACUGAAACGUAUCAGCGGCGGCCUCAGCAACUGGCUGUACAACGUUCAGUUACCCGACGGUACGGUACCGAUUCGAGGGGAACCACGCCAAGUUUUGUUAAGGCUGUACGGUCAAAUACACGGCGAAAGAGCUCUCGAAGGAUUGAUCACGGAAUCGGUGAUUUUUACGUUGCUGUCGGAAAGGCGGCUCGGACCAAAGUUACACGGCAUAUUUCCAGGCGGCCGAAUCGAAGAGUACAUACCUGCUAGACCGUUGCUCACCAAGGAGUUGGCCGAUCCUACAUUGAGCUCGAUGAUCGCCGAGAAAAUGGCUCAGAUUCAUAUGAUGCAAGUCCCCAUAAGCAAGGAACCCACUUGGCUUUGGGACACCAUGGCCAAAUGGCUGGACACGGCUACCGAUAUCCUGGAAAAUAUAGAAGAUAUAGACGCGCGACACCUGAAGAACGUAAACGCGAUACGGGCGAUCGACUUGGGUCACGAGAUCGCUUGGUUCAGGUUUCUCGUAAAGCAACAAAAAUAUCCGGUCGUGUUUUGUCACAACGAUAUGCAAGAGGGUAACAUACUGCUACGACAAAACACACGGAAGCCGGAACUGGUUCUUAUCGACUUUGAAUACUGUUCCUAUAAUUAUCGAGGAUUCGACAUAGCGAAUCAUUUCGUCGAGUGGCAGUUCGAUUAUACGGCAGCGGAAUAUCCUUUCUUUCACGAACGCACAGGAUCUGGUCCUACGAAAGAACAUAAGCUCAACUUUGUAAGAAGUUACUUGAAAACGAUGGGCAAAGAAGGACCGUCAGAAGAGGAGCGAAUCAUGAUGGAAAUCAAGAUAUUUUCCUUGGCUAGUCACUUAUUCUGGGGCCUGUGGAGUAUCGUCAAUGCAAAACUCUCCGAGAUCCCAUUCGGAUACUGGGAUUAUGCGGUUUCUCGACUAAAAAAUUACCAAUACUUGAAGGAGAAGAUCAUGGUGUCGGGACCACCGACGAUAAACAACGAGAUUACCGAGAAGAAAACAACGGUGGUAGAUUGAGAUAAGCAAACUCCUUGAUCGUCAUGGUGUAGAAUGAUUUCUAUGCGACGUGACAACAAACAACAGUUUGCUCGUUACAUUUGCAUACGUUCGUGAUUAUCUUGCCGAAAUCAAAGUGUCACGAUUCAUCGUUAUCUCUCGUUAUCAGAAAUCGUGAUACGUGUCUUUUAAGUUUCCUAACAGGGAGAGAGGAAAGAUAUUCGAAAAGGAGAGGUGAUGAGAGCGGAGACGAGGAACCGGGCAGGAGCGUAUGUGUACGCCUGCUCGUAAGACUGACUGACUGCUGGACGAUUAGAUUGAAAAUAAGUAAAAAGGGCUGGGGGUCAGGGGUAGUGGAGAAAAAAGAGCGAAUAAAAAAUGAAACGAAAGGAAAGUAAAAAAGAAAGAAAAAGGAAGGAAUAGGAGGAUGCCUUACGAAUUAACAAAUGUGAUAUAGGAUAAGAGCGGUGUAUUACGUCUCAACACCAUAAACUUUUCAGGGAAUAGAUGCUCAAUCCCCGAGUCAGACUUAACACACUUGGACAGAUACGUAUUGGAAUUUAGAGCGUUAUCCGGAUAUUCCUAUCGUUUGUAAUUGCGUUAUACGUAUAUACAUAUGUAUACACGUAUACAUAUUACAUAUACUCUGCGUACUUACUCGUGCACAUCUGCAUAUAUAAUGUGUGUAUACAUAUGUACAUAUGCAUGUAUAUAUAGCUUAUUUGUACAUAAUUACAAUUUUGUUGUACCUGGAUCGGACGAUUGUGAAUUGCAAUUGGAAUAGGACAUUUUGUACGCUUAAUGGUAAGCAGUAAACUCUUCGUAUUCCCCGUCGCAUCUUGCGUACACACCAUAUGUACUUAAAUACGUCUAUCCGCCUCGUUCCUUUGCCACGAGUGAUAAAUCAUCCUGCAACGGAACGAAAGGAGAUAGUAAAUUGACUAUCAUUUACCAAACUUUCAUUUCCGUGCCGAUAUAGAAAGGUAUCAUUCAUCGAAAUCUUCUCUUACGAUUAUUUAAUAAUACUUUGCGUCUUUGUAAUCUUUCUACCGUGAUUGUGCAUUUUUCAAAUACGACACAUGCUUGUAAGUUGAUCGAAGAAUAAGUUUCUUUUAAUAAAGUUGAAACGAAUGUUUUAUGUUUUUCAA